GCGCGCGGGUAUAGAAGCGAGAUUAGCGGAGGCAGCCACGCAUCAGCCCUCCCAAUACCCUCGAUAACAAAAAGCUUUCACGAGCUUUGGAGCUGCUCGUACUCCGAGAUAUUACCAUCUGCCCUCCCAACUCGUACCUCGUUCCCUUCUCUUUUCCUAUCCCAAUUCCUGUAAUCAUUGUUCGAGGAUGAGAUGAAGAGGGGAAGCAGAUCGGAGAAGAAUCAUCUGGUCCUCCUGUUCCUGAUCUCAAUUGUUGUGUUUGCGGCCACGACAGCGGCCGCCUUCAGCAGCCAUGGCCUCACGGACGCCGAGGCCGGACUCAUCCGCAGGCGGCAGCUGCUGUACUAUCUCGAUGAGUACGGCGACCGCGGCGAGCGGGUGAGCGUCGACCCCUCCUUCCACUUCCCGAACCCCCGCCUCCGCGACGCCUACGUCGCCCUCCAGGCAUGGAAGCAGGCCAUCUUGUCCGACCCCCAGAAUUUCACCGGAAACUGGGUCGGCCCCAACGUCUGUACCUACCGUGGUGUCUACUGCGCUCCUCUGCCCUGCAAUAGCUCCCUCAACGUCGUCGCCGGCAUCGACCUCAACCACGCCGACAUCGCCGGGUACCUCCCAGAGGAGCUCGGCCUCUUGACAGACCUCGCCCUCUUCCACAUCAACUCCAACCGCUUCUGCGGCACCGUCCCCCACAAGUUCUGCAACCUCGGUCGCCUCUUCGAGAUCGACCUCAGCAACAAUCGCUUCGCCGGAAAGUUCCCCCGUGUUCUCCUCGAUCUCCCCUCACUCAAGUUCCUUGACAUACGCUUCAAUGAGUUCGAGGGCGCGGUCCCCCGCGAGCUCUUCGACAAGCCCCUGGACGCGAUCUUCAUCAACCACAACCGCUUCGCCUUCGACGUCCCCGACAACCUCGGUAACUCCCCCGUCUCCGUCAUCGUCCUCGCCAACAACCGCUUCCGCGGCUGCCUCCCAGCCAGUCUCGGCAAUAUGUCGAACACCUUGAACGAGAUCAUCCUCAUGAACAACGGGCUUCGAUCCUGCCUCCCUUCGGAGAUCGGCCUGCUUAGGAAGCUGACCGUGUUCGACGUCAGCUUCAACCAGCUGCUAGGGCCGCUACCGGAGGAGAUCAGAGGCAUGGUCAGCCUGGAACAGCUGGAUGUCGCGCACAACUUGUUGUCGGGGCGCAUUCCAGAGUCUAUCUGCGUGCUACCGCACCUUCAAAACUUCACCUUCUCAUAUAAUUUCUUCACCGGCGAGCCGCCGUCCUGCUUGAAGGUGCAGUCAUUCGACGACAAGAGGAACUGCUUGCCCGAGCGCCCGUUGCAGCGGUCGGAGAAGCAAUGCAAGUCGUUCUUGGCGCACCCGGUGGACUGUAGUGUUUUCCGUUGCAAACCGUUCGUGCCGGCUCUCCCUCCGCCGCCGCCUCCAUCCCCACCUCCUCCGUCUCCACCUCCGCCGGUUUAUUCUCCCCCGCCGCCGCCACCUUCGCCGCCUCCUCCGUCUCCACCUCCGCCAGUUUAUUCUCCCCCGCCGCCGCCACCUUCGCCGCCUCCUCCGUCUCCACCUCCGCCGGUUUAUUCUCCCCCGCCACCGCCACCUUCGCCGCCUCCGCCAUCCCCCCCUCCUCCAUCACCACCACCACCGUCACCGCCACCACCCAUGCAUUAUUAUUCUCCACCGCCACCUCAAUACUCACCUCCGCUACCGGUGUAUCACUACUUCUCGCCACCUCCGCCCUCACCUCCUUGCAUUGAGCCACCACCUCCACCAGCACCUUAUGAAGGUCCAUUGCCACCCGUGGUCGGAGUCUCAUAUGCAUCACCACCUCCCCCUCAUAUCUAUUGAUUCUUUUGAGAAUUGUCCUCGUCCCACCCUCCAUUGGACAAGAAAUUUCUUCAUUCAUUUGGGAUUCUUAUGCUCCAUCAAGUGUUCAAUUUAUUAGCCAUGUUUUUAUGUCUCCCUAUGUUGCUUCUCGUAAACAGCUUGGAGAAUUUAGAUGAAAGAGGCAAACUGUACUGAAGAUUGUUGCUCAAUGCAUGGGACUUCCAUCAUGGAAAUGAAGCAAAGUUUGAGAAGGCAAAGAUAAGGGGAGGGUGGGAAUGGUAGCAACCUCUCCAUAGUAAUUUAAAUUAUUAUAUAUGUUUUGAUUUGUGAAUAAAUGGUUGACAGAGCAAGUGAUAAUGAGAAGUAGGUGCAGGGAAAUGAAUGUAUAGAGAGCAUGAAAUGCAAGAUAUCCAAAACAAUUAUGGGAUUGUUUUCUUUUGUUAUACUUUGUUCUUUUUAUUUAUCACGAACACUAGUAGGUUCUCAAAGUUUUUCUUCACUACUA